CUCCCAUAUAUUUUAGACUUCGUAUGGGACAAGACUGAACCAUAGAAGAUUAUAGAUCUAGAGACUAUUGAAUAUUGAAUGUUCGUAGUUUAACUGAUCUCAGUAUUCUGAGUAUUAGAAUCUAGACCUAGAUCUAGAAUCAUAGAUAUUUUUUUUUUUAAAGGCAUUGUCGACGAACACCUAGAGAUCUAAAACUGGAUUAUUCUUGAGAUAUGAAGUGGACUUUUUAUAUUUCCAUUUUACUUACAUAUCUGUUGUUACGAGAAGCUGUGAAUGCCACUGGCUCCUGUCCACAACAUUUAGCAAGUGUUGCCAAGAGUAAAAGCUUCAUACACAGACACAUCUGCUAUCUCUUUGUGGACAAUGAGGUGUACUGGAAACAGGCCAGGGAGAAGUGCUGGAACCUGGGCGGAGAAAUGCUUUCAAUUGAAAAUGAAGACACCAUGAACUUUAUCAAGCAGAAGCUCAAUUCACAAGAACUGGGCUGGCAAAGAAAUGGAGUUUGGCUAGGUGCCCAGAACAGGCUCAAGAGAUGGAAAUGGACGAAUGGAAGAGAAUUAAACUACACCAACUGGGCACCUGGUGAGCCAUCAAGGUGGCUUGGUGUUAUGUCUGUAGAGGAUUGCGUUUUGAUGCGACAAAAGGAAGGCUGGAAGUGGUCAGAUAAUGUUUGUGGAUCACUCAAGUUCCACUAUAAUUAUAUUUGUCAAUUUCCACUUAUCAAACCAGAAGAGAGCAAUAUCAAAAUUUCAUCUGAAGCCCAGCAGUAUGUGAAUGACAAUGGCUAUUCCACAAUUCUGACUGUGAUUGUCAGCUUAUGCUCAUUCCUGCUCUUCCUGAUGCUCUUUGUCUUUCUGAUGCUGUAUUGCCGUUUCAAAAGUUUGAAACUCAAAGCUGCAGCUGGUUCCGUGCACUACACAAACAACACUUCUGCUGCAACAGACAGCAGCACCUACCACGGCUCUACACUAACUGUAGAGACCAGCUAUGCAAGUCAAGCUCCAGAGCCCCCUAGGAGCCAGCCCCCUGCUGUCAUGCCACUUCAUGAGACUCCACCAUACACAGAGGUUGUCAAACCAAAUAAUCAUCUGGUCAAGUCAAAUGUUUUUCACCAAGUACAAGAAACUAAUCUUUUGGAAUCCCAGGGUGCUUGCGGAGGCAGUGAUCCCGAGCUCGAUUUGAGGACCCCUCUUAUAAAGCAGGACACUGUCUCAUCCAGCAAUUCUGAUCUAGGGCAGUAUAUUGAUAUGCGCUCAGUGUCUUCAAGGGCCAGUGCCGAGUGUCUUAUGGAAGACAAGCACACAUACAGCAAUGUUGAUCACAAAGCUGAGGAAAACCUCUAUGAAGUGCUUCCUUGAUUCAUUUCCUUGUUGUCACCUUUAAUGAAGCUGCCUCGAUGCGACGAAAUCUGAGAUACAAAAGACAAUAUAGGGCAUAUCUCACAUUUGUAGAGCUACCAUUGACCGUUUGACAUGGUAACUUUUACAGACCAUAGUAAAAUGGCCAAAAAGAAAGUCUCUCUCUCUUUGACUUCUGCAUGUCCCAUCAAGUUUUGACUGAGCAAAGUCAUUUUACUACCUAGGAGUAGAACCAAUGCUAGUAAGUAGGGUAGCUCUAGUAACAUUUGGUUACUAUCAAUACAUUUAACAUCACACUCACACACCUACUUGAGUUUGAGUCAAUAUUACUAAUGGUGAUUAUGUUUUUAAAUCAAGUGGGCACCUUGUCUCCUAGGAGUUUUUCUUUGUCAUUUUUUUAAAUUGGUAAUUUCAGUAAGUUUGAAAUUCAACCAGAGAGGUGAAUUAAAAAAAAAGUCUAGGAACUACAGUUUGUAUGUUAACAUCAUCAAACAUAGAGAAUCACAAUCUAUCAUACUUGUUUUCGAUCACAUCACAUCAUUGGCAAGUCUUCCAUGUUGGUUCUAGAAGGUGUCAUUUCUAAGUUUUACUACAUCAAUACCAAAAUGCAAAAUUUAGGUCCAAUAUUGCCAAAAGUUCAUAAAUAAAUAAUUUGAAAAUUGCAGUGAAAGAACUGGAAUAUUUACAAAGAGUACAAAUUCUGAAAAUCAUAUUUAAAAGCUUGACAAGUUGAAAUUCUUUCAAAAUACCCUGUGACUUAGCCUAAGCACAAUCUAGAUUAUAAAUCAAACAACACUUAAAAAACUUUUUAUUGCUAUUUUAUGGCAGUGUGGGUAACCCAGACAUGUUUACACAUAACUAGUCAGUCAUUAAUUGGUGAGUUUAUCAAGCUGAUACCUGACAUGCUGGGUGGCUGCCUGGGCGCGCAGUCUGCGCACUGGACUAUCGAUUGGAAUUGUCCUGCCAUCCCCUGUCCUUCUGCAGGAGGUUUGGACUAGGAGGUAAAUUAUUUUCAACUCUGAGGGAACAUCCGAAACAUGACAACAAACAUUUUACAAGUUAUUAUGUUUUAAAAUGUUUUUAAAAUAUGAAAAGUACAAUUAAAAAAAAAAUGAAAAACCAAAAAAGUACUUUUUUUUUAAGCCUCCCAUAGUCAUCCCCCCCCCCCCCUUUCCCAAAACAAGUUUUUAAUUGGAUUUUUAGUCUGAAUACUUCCCUUGAAGUAAAGAUUGGACAUACUAAGGGAGGCAAUUCAAAAGAUACACUAUUGUAACCAUUCCCAUUUUACACAGAAUCCCUUUUGUUGAUGUUUUUGGUGAUAGUUUAUUUUUUAUGGUAUUUUAAAUGUGUAGACAGAAUAAUAUACUUACAACUUAUUCACCUUUUUUCUUUUUCUUAUUCAUAAACACAGAACGGCAAAAGAUAAAUUUUUUGUAGAAAUGUUGACAUUUCCAAAACCCAUUACUCUGCAAGACAUGCUUCCGAGCUACCUUUGUUCAUGUCUGUUUUUGUUUUUGUCUGCUAUAUUUCAUGGAUCCUCUCUGUUCAACUCAAACACUCUUGAACUGUACAUAGCCUAGCCAGCAUAGUCUUUUUUAGACUUCUGCUACUAUUGUAGGAUUUUAUAAUAACAUAUAAUUCAAUUUGAAGGCUUGGUCAUUAAUAACCAUUAUAAGAAGAUCACUAGUCAAUUAUAAAUGUAAGUCUUGAACAUUUCAUUAGCUAGAACUGGUUGUUGAACUUUAAAUAUGUUGUACCUGCCAACCAUUUGAUUAGUGUGUUCCAAAUAUAAUCAAAAUGUAUUAAAGUAUACCAUUAGAAGACAACUACAUGUGUAGAGCUUAACAUGUGCCACGCACACAUAAUGUAUAAAGUUUAUAACAGUUACAUUUCAAAUUUAUUGUUUAAAAAAAAAGGGCCUUUGCAAUAAUUAUGAGUUUCAUCUGUAAAGACUGAUCUUGUGAUUUACAUUCAAUGGAACUUGUUUAAAUAUAUACUGCACAACUCGGUUGGUCACAUUACAUUUAUUACUUAAUAUUCUGUUGACUAGCAGAUUUACAAUUAACAAGUUCCACUGUAAUUGUUUUUUUUUUUAAAUCAAAAUUUUGAUAGUUCUAAGAUAUAUUGAAAGAUACAUUUGAUUUAUUGUUAAACUUGACUUUGUAUAGUGUGAUGGUGCAAUAUUCUUGUAAAUAACUACAAGCCAAUCAAUAGCAAAGUAUUCUGAUUUUUUAAACAUAUAUAUAUAUAUAUAUAUAUAUAUAUAUAUAUAUAUAUAUAUAUAUAUAUAUAUAUAUAUAUAUAUUUAUUUAUUCUUUAUUAUUUUGUACCCAAGUACUGGCAUUUAUUUCUUUUUGAAUAAAAAAAUCUGUGAAGAAAUGAUGAGUUAUUUCGUGCAAUCAAUAUGAAUUUAAUUGCUUUGGUUAAUUAGAUUUGUUAGCAUGUGAAUUUAAUAUCAAUGUUUUAAAAUAAAAUAUAUGUGUACAUUUUAUUUUAUAAAGGGCUCCUUGUUAUUAUUCUUGUAAAACCAAAAUUGUUGUUGAUUUUUAUUUACAUUAUGUUUUAGUGAAUUUAUUUGAACUAUAACAUUUGGGUUUUAUCUACAUGUUUUUUUUAAAUAGUAUAUUUUGUUGCACUUUUAUAAGAUCUAUUAUAGAAUAAAAUACUUAUUGUUUCUUA